UAUUUUUAGUUAGGAAAAAUGUGGCGGCAUAACAAUUGUAAACAAACAGCGUGAAGCACUAAUGUUAUUUAAAGAAUGUUUAUAUUCAUAUUUUAAAGUAUAUUUGAGUAAUGACUAUUGAAUAAAUUUAUUCAGCCUAUUUGGAAUUUUAAAAGACUGUCAUGUAAUAUCUCUAAAUGUUUAUCGGUUUGUAAUUGAUGCUGAGUACUAGUAAAAAAAAUCACCAUUGCUUGGUUAUUUGCUUAUUACCACCUUCUAAUGGAUGAAGAAAUGAUAUCAUCCAAUGAUGAGGGUGAACUUGAGACCGAUGAUGAGGAUUAUUUACCAGUUAUAGAAUUAUCCGAUAACGAAUCUGAUCAUUCUGAUGGAAAUUCUGUAAGAGUGCGUGCGGCCGGUGCACGUACACUCAUCCGUUCUUCUCCAGAACCUGACUCAGAUUCAAGAGAGGCUGAUGUACCUGUUCAUUCCACACCUGUAAAUCAUGAUGUUGCUCGUGCAUCUUCACAGCGAAGAACUGUUGGACCUAAAGGUGCAGAAAAUUCAAUGGAUGAGGAUGGCCAGAACUGCACAAUUUGUUUCGAACCAUGGACAAAUUCUAGUGAGCAUAGAUUAGUAUCUCUAAGAUGUGGUCAUUUAUUUGGUCGGAG